AGCACGGGCCUCGCCCUCGCCGCUCGCCCCAAGCCUCUUCCCGGUAACUGAAGACUUGUCUCCGCGGUAACCAUGGCUGACGACGAGCCGAACUACUGCCCGGACUGCCACCGCACGACGGAGGUGGUGCUGGACCACGCCACCGGCGACACAAUCUGCACCGAGUGCGCGCUCGUCCUGGAGGCGCACUACAUCGACGAGGGCUCCGAGUGGCGCAACUUCGCGGACGACGGCGGCGGCGAAGACCGCGACCCCAGCCGCGUCGGCGGGUCCAGCGACCCGUUCCUCGCCAACAUGCCGCUGGUCACCCAAAUCGCCUACGCCGGCCCGCAGAAGGCGCAGGGCGAGGGGGGCCACGCGCUGCCGAGGCUGCAUGUCAGCGCCAGCGGCGGCGCGGGCGGCGAGCAAACGCUGGUCGAGGGCUUUCACGCCAUCGCCGACAUGGCCGACCGCCUCGGCCUCGUCGCCACCAUCCGGGACCGCGCCAAGGACGUGUACAAGAGGCUGGGCGAGGCCAGGGCGUGCCCCGGCAGGGGAAAGAAGCGAGACGCGUUCUACGCCGCCUGCCUCUACGUCGCCUGCCGCAACGAGGGCAAGCCGCGCACGUACAAGGAACUGGCCACCGUCACCUCCGACGGCGCCGCCGCCAAGAAGGAGAUCGGCAAGAUGACUAUGCUCAUCAAGAAGGUGCUCGGGGAGGAGGCCGGCCAGGUGAUGGACAUCGGCGUCGUGCGCCCCUCCGACUACAUGCGCCGCUUCUGCUCCCGGCUCGGGAUGGGCAACCGGGAGAUGCGCGCCGCGCAGGAGGCCGCGAGGAGGCUGGAGAACGGCCUCGACGUGCGCCGCAACCCCGAGUCCAUCGCCGCCGCCAUCAGCUACAUGGUCGUGCAGCGCACUGGCGCCGGCAAGACCGUCCGCGACGUGUCCAUGGCCACCGGUGUCGCCGAGGUCACCAUCAAGGAGGCGCACAAGGACCUCACACCGCACGCUGAGAAGCUCUUCGCCUAGAAGGCUGCCUGCCGAUCUUGGCAUGGCAGCCGACGCGGCGGUGUUCUUGAUCCUUGGCAUCAUGGCGCGCGCAUGUUGUAUACACGUCCGCAACGCGAACGUGUGCGCGAACUUGUGGAUUAUUUAGUUUCUCUUGGACUUCGAUUCUAAGUACCAUUCAUUAACUCGUGAA